ACCUCCCAUUGACGCCACAGAAACCAGGACCCGUCGUCGUCCAGGGCAACAACAACAACCCAGCCAGCGAGAAGCUGGAGAGAGUCCGCAAGUGGAGCAUCACCACCUACAAGUGCACCCGGCAGGCUCUGCUGGAGAAGCUGGGCCGGGGGUCUCGGACGGUGGACCUGGACCUGGAGCCUCGCCUGGAGCUGCUCCGAGACGACCGCCAGCGCUACGACAACGUGACCAAGCUGGCCGAGACGCUGGCCAAUCAGCUCGCUCAGUUCUCCGUCACCCAGAAGACACUGGGGGACGCCUUCAGCGACCUCAGCGUCAAAACGCCGACGCUGCACGUGGAGUUCGGCGUGAACGCGGAGGCUCAGAGGUUUCUGUCGAGGAGCGGCGAGACCCUGGCGGCGGCCGUUACCGCCUUCACCUCCGACAUGAACACGCUGGUCAACAAAACCAUCGAGGACACCAUGGUCAACGCCAAGCAGUACGAGGCGGCCAGGAUGGAGUACGAUGCGUACCGGGUGGACCUGGAGGAGCUGAACCUGGGGCCCCGGGACGCCGUCACCCUGCCCAAGCUGGAGCUGGCCCAGAAGGACUUCCAGAGCCAGAGGGAGCGGUACCAGAGGGUCCGGGACGGCCUGGCCGUCAAAGUCAAGCUGCUGCAGGAGAACAAGGUCAAAGUGCUCCACAACCAGCUGUGGCUGCUGCACGGCGCCGUCGCCGCCCACUGUCUGUCGUGUCAGAAGUUCCUGGAGCAGAACAUGCGUCAGGCCGGCGAACGCCUGCACCCCCCCGGCGAGGGCGCCCCCUCCUGGCUGGAGGAGAGCUGACACCACCACACACACACGGCAGCCAAAACACGCCACGUUUGUAAUAAAUAGACCAGAACAUGUUCAGGUGCAUGUGGACUUUGGGGUUCUGGGUGGGUGGGUGGGUGGGGUAGGUUCUUUAUACCAAAGGGGGACGGGAGCUUUUGGGCUUGUGAUGGAUUUCCAGCCUCUGCAAAGUGUUGGCUACAACCAUGAGCAGUUAGAUACAGCGGUUUACAGGGAAAUUAAGUGUUUUGGGGUGUUAAAUGGGCUCCUGGAAAGGAUCGGGGUCUAAAAAUGUCCAUAAGUCUAAAAAAAAGCUUUAAAAAAGACGUAUUUUGAACUCUUAGCAUGACUAACGUCCCAAGAAUGCUCUUUAUUUCUAUAGUAAAGGCUCGGAAAAUGUGCAUUUUUAUCACUUUCCAGGUCUAAAAAUGUUCAAAAGUCUGUUUGCUACAACCAUGAGCAGUUAGAUCCAGCGGUUUACAGGGAAAUUAAGUGUUUUGGGUGUUAAAUGGGCUCCUGGAAAGGAUCGGGGUCUAAAAAUGUCCAUAAGUCUAAAAAAAAGCUUUAAAAAAGACGUAUUUUGAACUCUUAGCAUGACUAACGUCCCAAGAAUGCUCUUUAUUUCUAUAGUAAAGGCUCGGAAAAUGUGCAUUUUUAUCACUUUCCAGGUCUAAAAAUGUUCAAAAGUCU